AUGGCGGAGCUACUGCACAACGCGCCCAUCGUCAUCGACAAUGGGUCGGGCACCAUCCGCGCGGGUUUCGCCGGGGACGACACGCCAAAGUGCAACUUCCCGGCCUUUGUCGGCAGGCCGAAGCACCCGAGGGUCCUGGCGGGCGCCCUGGAGGGGGAGGUCUUCAUCGGCCAGAAGGCGGCCAACGAGUACAGGGGCCUGCUCAAGAUCCGGUACCCCCUCGAGCACGGCGUGGUGACGGACUGGGACGACAUGGAGAAGAUCUGGACGUACGUCUACGACGAGGGGCUCAAGACCUUGAGCGAAGAGCAUCCCGUGCUCCUGACCGAGCCGCCCCUCAACCCGCGCAGCAACCGCGACACCGCCGCCCAGGUCCUCUUCGAGACCUUCAACGUCCCUGCCCUCUACACCUCGGUACAAGCCGUCCUCUCCCUCUACGCCAGCGGCCGGACGACCGGUAUCGUGCUCGACUCGGGCGACGGCGUGUCCCACGCCGUGCCGGUAUACGAAGGCUUCGCCAUCACCAACUCGAUCAGGCGGAUAGACGUCGCUGGGCGGGACGUGACCGAGCACCUGCAGACACUGCUGCGCAGGAAGGGCUACGUCUUCCACACGAGCGCCGAGAAGGAGGUCGUGCGUCUGAUCAAGGAGAGCACCAGCUACGUCGCGCUCGACCCCAGGAAGGAGGAGAAGGAGUGGACGGGGGCCUCAAAACUGGACCCCAAGAAGACGGCAGAGUACGUCUUGCCGGAUGGGAACAAGCUACAGAUCGGCCCAGAGCGCUUUCGCGCGCCCGAGCUCCUCUUCGACCCGGAGAUCAUCGGCCUCGAGUACUCGGGGGUGCACCAGGUGGUCGUCGACUCGAUCAGCAAGGCCGACAUGGACCUGCGCAAGUCGCUCUACUCCAACAUCGUGCUGUCCGGGGGCAGCACGCUGACGCGGGGCUUCGGCGACCGGCUGCUCAACGAGGUGCGCAAGCUGGCGGCCAAGGACAUGCGCAUCAAGAUCUUUGCGCCGCCCGAGCGCAAGUACUCGACCUGGAUCGGCGGGAGCAUCCUGGCGGGGCUGAGCACGUUCAGAAAGAUGUGGGUCAGCAUUGACGACUGGCACGAGAACCCGGACAUUAUCCAUACCAAGUUCAACUAA